GUACAAUAUAUAUGUAGAUAAGUUUUAAACUGUUCUUAACAAAAUUGUUUUCAUUUUUCCCAACUUUUACAUUUCUGAUACUAUUUAGGUGUUAAUAAUGAGGAAAUGCUAAAGUGUUGGUAAAAAAACUCAAGCAAAUGCCUGGGUGAUGGUACAAACUUACUAAAACCUUUAACAACGACAUUGUAUCUCAACAAAAAAAUCAAAGCAAUAUUGGGAAAUAUUAUAUCGGAUUUAUUACAAGCGAAAAAAAAUGCCACGCAAGAAAAGAAAAACUGGGGGACGGGGAAACAUCUUCUGCGGAUGUUUCGGAGCAGCUGACGAACCUCCGGACAUACAACUGAACAUGACAGAUGCAAUGACAGCUCCGGCUCAUAUCGAGACUUUCCCUCCGAUGCCCUCGCCUUCUGAAUUGAAAACCAAGUUUUCGGAAUUUGUGGAUGAAUUAGACCUCCCGUCGCAAAACCGUCAAGCAAUGUUUGACCUACCACCUGAAAAGCAGUGGCAGAUCUAUUGCAGCAAGAAAAAGGAGCAAGAAGAUCCAAACAAACUGGCCACGAGUUGGCCUGAUUAUUACAUUGAUCGCCUCAACUCCAUGAGCACGAUAAUGGUUUUAACUUAUGAUGAAGAAGAAAUAGAAAUGAGAUUGAAACUGGUGGAUGGACUCAAAACUGCUCUACGUACUCAGCCUGUCAGGUUUGUCGUGAGAUUUGCGGAACUUGACGGGAUUUCCUGUCUGCUCAACUUUCUAAAGAACAUGGUGGCUGAAGUACGGGAGAGUAGAAUACACACAUCAGCUAUCGGAUGUAUCAAAGCACUUAUGAACAACACGCAAGGUAGAGCGAAUGUGCUUGCCCACCCUGAUGGGAUAAACGUUAUAGCUCAAAGCCUUACAUGCGAGAGUCUGAGAACAAAAACUGCUGUCCUUGAAAUCCUUGGAGCAGUAUGCCUUGUCCCUGGUGGACAUAAGAAGGUUCUGGAAGCGAUGCUAUACUACCAGAAAUAUGCAAAUGAGCGAACACGAUUUCAGAACAUUGUAAGUGAGCUGGCCAUCAGUCACCAUUCGCCAGAAGAUGACAGUUUUGAAGUCGACAUGAAAACAGCUGCCAUGUCUUUCAUAAACGCUCUCAUGAAUUGUGGGGCAGGCGAGGAUCAUCUUGAGUUCCGAUGCCAUCUUCGUUACGAACUCCUCCUCCUUGGCAUCCAGCCGAUCAUGGAGCAACUCCGGGAGUACGAGAACGAACUCCUCAAUAAACACCUGGACUUCUUUGAGAUGGUGAGGAGGGAAGAUGACGAGGAGAUUGCUUCAAGAUUUGACGCGGAGCAUAUUGAUACCAAGAGUGCAAGCGAGAUGUUUGAAUUUAUUCAAAAGAAACUCUGCUUCACUGAAGCUUACCCCCACCUCUUAUCAUUGUUGCACCACUGUAUGCUGCUACCAUUAAAUCGAGGUGGUGCCCCAUUCCAUUGGCAACUGUUUGAUCGUAUUGCGCAACAAAUUACGCUCCAAAAGCUUGAUGGAGCUGACCCUGAUGUCACUUUCCUGCGUGACUUUAAUUUAGAGAAGUGCCUCAAACUGUUAAUCAAUGAAAAUGAGAUCAAAAAGUGGAAAGACACUGCAGAGACAAUGAGAAAAAAACAUGAUGAAAUGAAAGGUAAUCUUGAUCGUAAAGAGCGAGAAUGUGAAGCCAAGACCCAGGAGAAGGAAGAAAUGAUGAAGACGCUCAACAUCCUCAAAGGAAAGUUGGACUCGGAGUCAAAAGAUCGCCAGGAUUCGGACAAGAAGCUCGUCGACAUGACUCAGCAUGUUGAAGUGCUAACAAAGACGUCUGAGGACCCAUAUAGCUUACCACCGGAUGAAAACCCGUACGAGCUGAUCAUGGAUGAGAGAAAGGAAAAAGAAGCGCUUCAAGAAGCUAUCAAAACUGGUAAAGCCCCCGACAUACCCAUUGCCCCAUCUGCGGCAAUCCCCCCGCCUCCUUUGGCAGUUCCACCCCCACCACCGCCCCCUCCUCCAGGUGCCCCGGCCCCACCCCCUCCUGGGGGAGUUCCCCCUCCACCCCCGCCCAUGGGGGGUCCACCACCCCCACCCCCGCCUGGAGGAGCACCACCACCUCCAGGGGCCCCUAUCGGCCUCCCCAAGAAAAAUACCCCCAAACCAGCGAACCCACUGAAGUCGUUCAACUGGUCAAAACUGCCAGAAACGAACAUCAAGGGGACGAUUUGGACCGAAAUUGACGAUACAAAAGCUUUCAAGUUCAUUGACCUCCCAGAUUUUGACAACACUUUCUCUGCCUACCAGAGACAACAGGAAGCUGUGCCUGUUAUGCCUAAGAAAUAUGGCUCGCAGGAAGAUUUAUCAAUCAAGAAAGUGAAGGAGUUGUCAGUAAUAGAUGGGAGAAGAGCACAGAACUGCACCAUCCUUCUUAGUCGGUUAAAACUAACUGAUGAAGAAAUUAGAAAAGCUGUGCUCAGUUGUGAUAAGAGCGAGGACUUGCAAAAAGACAUGCUUGAGCAACUGAUUAAAUUUAUCCCAACUAAAGAAGAGACAGACAUGCUGAACGAGCAUAAAGCAGAUAUGGGGAAGAUGGCGCGUGCCGAUAAGUUCCUCUGCCAGAUGAGUCAGAUCCAUCAUUAUGAACAAAGAUUACACGCCGUGUUCUACAAGAAAAAGUUCCACGAGCGUUUAUCGGAAAUUCAACCAAAAGUAGAAGCCAUACUCAAAUCCUCGAAACAAAUUGGGAGCAGCAAGCGCCUACGAAAGGUUCUAGAAAUGAUCUUAGCCAUGGGAAACUACAUGAAUAAGGGACAGAGAGGAAACGCAUAUGGUUUCAAACUUCAAAGUUUAAGCAAAAUGACCGACACCAAGUCUAGUGCUAACAGAAAUGUAACAUUGAUGCAUUUUCUGAUUGAAAUGUUGGAGAAAAACUCACCAGAUAUUGUUAACCUUCCUGAAGAUCUCAAGGAAAUUGAAAUCGCUGCUAGAGUAAAUCUUGGUGAACUAGAAAAAGAAAUUGGCGUUUUAAGACUUGGUUUAAAAAACUUAAAAACUGAGCUUGACAUUCAAAAGAAACGUGUUGAAUCCGGUCAGACAUUACCAGAAGACCAGUUUGUUCCAGUUAUGACCGACUUUGUUACCGUGGCGUCCGUCACUUUCCAAGAACUUGAGGAACAACUCAGUGAAGCAAAGACGAAGUUCAACAGAGUUGUUGAGUUAUUUGGAGAAGACCCGAAAAAGCUUCAACCGGAUGCUUUCUUUCGCAUCUUCACCGAAUUUCUGGACUCUUUCAAUGCAGCGAGGAAAGAUAACAUUGCUGCGAGGAAGAAGAAAGAUGAGGAGAUGAAAAGAAAACAAAAGGAGUUGGAGCGUGAUGCUGAUCGUAAAAAGCGCAAAGGAGGUUCGCGUAAGAAGAGCGAAGAUCAAAGAGGAGAAUUUGACGAUCUCGUGUCCGCUCUUAGAUCCGGGGAGGUCUUUGAAAAAGACGUUUCAAAAUUCCAGAAGCGUAACCGGGGGAAACGGCCUCCGAGCAGCCUAGAUGACAGGGAAAGGGUUGUGUCAAAAAUCACGACAAAUAUUUAACCUGGACACCCAGGUACCUCCUGUUCUGCAGCAGAGCCAGUCUUAAUGGGCGAGAUAUGGGUUUGGCAAGUGCCGGCAGCAGCGUAGGUAAUUCUGCACUAAAAAGGUGUACAAGAUUGAGGCAGGAGCUCUGGAAGCACCUCAUUUCUACUUGUACUUGCAUGAAUCGGAAAUUGCUAUCGUCCCAUGCUUUAUGCAAAACAUAAGAGGUCUCGGUACAGAAACAUACAUUGCAACUUUUGAAUUCCAGCGCAUAAAUUUCAAUCAGAUUAUUUUAUUUCUAACCGAGAACCACCUUUUCCAACCCUAUAAGCCAAGGUUUUUACUGCAUUUUUGUUCCUUAACCUUUUAAGCAAUGUGAACUAAUAUUUUAGUAAUCUGUUCUUUCCAGAAUUGACGUGUCUUUCUUACGCCUAAGUAUUAAGCAUUCGUUUGUAUCUUUUAAAAGUGAAAAACGCCUAUUUUAGCAAAACAGAAAAAGCUGAAAAACCUGCAGCUUUCGCGCAAUCUAUACUGCUCUGUUUUAAGUAAUUUCACAUUUAAUCUACAUAAGUUCUUUUUAAAGUGAUCUUAGUAUACCCAGCAUCAUAUUUAUAAAGGAACCAAACCACUCCCAUAAUCUGCCAGCUGUAGUGUACAUCUGGCUUCUUUGUCGAUUUUCUUUUUAUCUUGUUACGUUCCCGGAGUUCUUGUUGCCAUGACGCAAAUAAAUAGGCAACUGAAUGAA